CCUCGGGGCGGGGCGGGCCUAAGCUGCCCAGUUCCUGGUUCUAAAUCGAGCUCACUGCACAAGCAGCAGACACAGCCUGAAGAGGCCUGGACUGCUAAGAUGGAGGCCGGCAGCGCAGCCAGCGCGCUGCCCCUCUUUCUCCUCCUCCUCCAGCUGCUGCUCCAACUGCGGGGCUCCUGCGCCCAGGCUACAGGGCAGCCUCACAUUGUCUUCGUGCUCGCAGACGACCUGGGCUGGAACGACGUGGGCUACCACGACUCCAAUAUCUUCACCCCACACCUGGACGCGCUGUCGGCCCAAGGGGUCCGGCUGGAAAACUACUACACUCAGCCUCUGUGCACGCCGUCUCGUAGCCAGCUCCUGACCGGCCGCUACCAGAUCCACACAGGUUUACAGCAUCAGAUAAUCUGGCCGUGUCAACCCAGCUGUAUACCUCUGGAUGAAAAACUGCUGCCUGAACUUCUCCGGGAGGCUGGAUAUGUCACCCACAUGGUCGGAAAGUGGCACCUGGGCAUGUUUCGAAAAGAAUGUCUUCCAACACGCAGAGGAUUCGAUACGUUCUUUGGGUACCUUCUAGGUAGUGAAGAUUACUACACCCAUAAACGCUGUGUACAUAUUGAUGCCCUGAAAGUCACCCGAUGUGCUCUUGAUUUUAGAGAUGGAGAAGAUAUUGCAGCAGGAUAUGAAAAUAUGUAUUCAACAAAUGUAUUUACAGAAAGGGCUGUGAACCUUAUUGCUAACCAUCCAGCCCAGAAGCCUCUGUUUCUCUACCUCGCCCUACAGUCUGUCCAUGAGCCCCUGCAAGUCCCUGAGGAGUACCUGCAGCCAUAUGACUUUAUCCAAAACAAGAAUAGGCAGCAUUAUGCAGGAAUGGUGACCCUUAUGGAUGAAGCUGUGGGAAAUGUCACAAGAGCCCUUCAAAAGUAUGGGCUCUGGAAUAACACAGUGUUUAUCUUCUCCACAGACAAUGGUGGACAGACUUUGGCAGGGGGAAACAACUGGCCAUUAAGAGGAAGAAAAUGGACACUGUGGGAAGGCGGAAUUCGAGGGGUGGGCUUUGUAUCCAGCCCCUUACUGAAACGGAAAAGAGUAAAAAGCUCGGAACUCAUCCACAUUUCUGACUGGCUGCCUACCCUUGUCAACCUUGCUGGUGGACGUACAAAUGGCACCAAACCACUAGAUGGCUUUGAUGUGUGGAAGACAAUCAGUGAAGGAAGCCCUUCCCCCCGGAUGGAGCUGCUGCAUAACAUUGACCCGGGUUUUGUAGACACAGCGCCAUGUGACAGACCCGCUAGUCCUCCUUCCACAAGGGAUCCCUUUCCUUCAGCACAUUCUACCUUCAAUGUAUCUAUCCACGCAGCAAUUCGAUAUGGAAACUGGAAACUAUUGACUGGCUACCCAGGUUGUGGUCACUGGUUUCCACCACCAACUUUAUCCAACGUCACAGAGCUCCCAUCGCCUGACCCACCAACGAAAAACCUCUGGCUUUUUGACAUUCAACAAGACCCUGAAGAAAGAUUUGACCUAUCCAGUCAGCAUCCCAAGAUCGUCAAGAAGCUUCUUGACCGGCUUCAGUAUUACCACAAGAACUCAGUCCCGGUGUUCUAUCCCGAUGAGGAUCCCCGCUGCGAUCCUGAAGCAGCUGGAGUCUGGGGGCCGUGGAUGUAGGAUGUUCAUCAGCUCUCAGACUAGAAGCCGGCCUCUCAGGGAACUUCAGGCCUCCGUAGUCACCCCAUUUGUUCUGCCCCCCUCCAGGCGACUUCCGUGACCUAUCUCAGUCCUAAACCAUACCAGAGCCUCCGAUUUCAACCUCAGAUGCACCUAAGAAGCAGACACAUUCAGGAACAUAGACUCUUGCUGUUCUUUGAUUAGGGGGAAGUUUUAAAAGCAGGGACGAUUAGCUCUUGAUUCACCCCCUCUUUCCUGAGCUUCAGGACAACUGAAAAACUUUACUUCAGAUAAGAAACUCUAAUUGAGUCGCUGAGUGAGAGAACAGCCUGCUGAGUUCACCUAGCAAGUCAGAUGCUAGAUUUUACUUUUGCCAAAAGCCAGGUUUUAUUGGAAAGUGACUCACAUUUCUUGCAGUAAAUGAAGAGAGCAGACAAUUGCUCACAGUUAACAUUGGCAAAAGUUCUCUCUCUCUCUCUCUCUCUCUCUCUCUCUCUCUCUCUCUCUCUCUCCCUCCCUCCCUCCCUCCCUCUCCUAAUUUUCUCUUCUUCCUUUUCUGUCCUUUAAUUCUUCAUCCUCUCUUCCCCCCUCCUUUUUUUCCAUUUCUCUAUUUUUCUUGAUAUUGUGCCCAAAAGUUCCCACCAAAAUACUUCUCCUUCUUAUCCUCCCCUCCCCAACAAUACAGCUUAAGAUCUAUCUUUGAUUUUAGUUUGUUGUAAAAAUUCAAUAUAAUAGGGCAGCUAGGUGGCACAAUGGAUAGAGCACCAGACCUGGAGUCAGGAGAACUCGAGUUUAAAUUGGGCCUCAGACACUUCCUAGCUAUGUGACUCUGGGCAAGUCAAGUAACCCUAACUGCCUAACUCUUACACUCUUCUGUCUUAGAAUUGAUACUAAGACAGAAAGGAAGGGAAGGAAGGAGGGAAGAAAGAAAGAAAGAGAGAGAGAGAGAGAGAGAGAGAGAGAGAGAGAGAGAGAGAGAGAGAGAGAGAGAGAGAGAGAAAUGCAACAUUUCAGCAAAAGCUAGGCAUGGAUCCUGACCCACUUCUUUGGCUUCUCUUCUUUUCCAGUGAAGAUUCUUUUUUGGUCAGAUGAUUUUUCCAAGCGUUGCUCCUUCUUCUAGAUCUUUUUGCUACUCUGCAUGGGUCCUUCUUCCUACAUACUCUUUCCUCAUCUAUAAAAUAAGAAGGUUGGAUUGGUUGGCUUCUAAAGUUUUACAUGGCUUUCAGGCUUUAAACCUGUGAUCCUCUGCAUCUCUACAGUAAUGGUGUGGUGGGAGUUCUCCUUUAGGAAAGAUUGCCAUUCAGUAGCCCUGAACAGGAAAAGACUGUUCAGCAGAGCCAAUCAAUGCAUCCCUUUCCCUGAUAAACCACAGUAUUAUGACACAAACCACAGUAUUACUGAAUUUUACUGAAGCUGCUAGCUGUGCCCUUCUACAGUGGGCAAGCCUGGCUCUGGAUCCUUUUACCAAGCUCCUUUUUCUUGUCAAAGACAGAAGAGUUUUGUUUCAUGUUUGUUUUAAACAAUGAUGACAACUUGAAUUACGUCAUGGACUUGAUGGGUUUUACCAAGCUGAGUCCACAUGGAUACAAACUAGGUUAUGGCACCCAUUAUUCUUGGGCCCCCCAUUCUAGUGAGAGUGGCCACACAAGCACUCAGGAAUUUGUUACAAGGGAAUCACUUUAAAAGACUGAUAUAUAUUAAUUUAAGGUCGCCAAGGAAUUCAGCUAUGUAAUUCCUAAAUGAAAACUCAAGUCUGCAGUCAAUCUUUUAUGGAGUUUAAUUUCAAUAGGAGUAAGAAAGGAAUUAGAGAUAGAGAGAGAAAAAGGGAGAGAAGGGAAUAGGGCUUAAAUACCCCUUCUGUUUAGGCUGGGCCAAAAGGCCCAAGCCCUUUGAUAGCUGGGGCAAUGAAAGGAGAUCAGUCCCUAUUACUCACGUGACCAAAAUGGAGAAACAGUCUCAGAGGCCCCCACUUUCAGCUUCCUUCAGAGCAAGCUUCUCAGAGCCCACACGAACCACACCGACCAACUUCUCCACCCCACCGAGUCUUCAGACCCCCCUGAUCUUUAAGGAAACCAUCCAAGUUGCCUCCCCUCAGUUCUCACAUCUACCAAUCACCUGUCCAUCAAUUUCCCUGUGCCAAUGGAGGCUCUAGCUUAACCCAGGACCGCCCAGAGGCUUUGCACAUGUCUGUUGAAGGUCAUAUUUUCAAAUAAUUAAAUCUUUGCUCCUUUGCUACAGCCCUUUCUAAAUCCUGUUAACCUGAGUAGGGUAGAGAUUGGAAUAAUUAAAUUUUGAUCUAGGCUGCAGCCCUUACUCAAUCCUGUUAGGACUGAAUAGGGUGGAGAUUGAUUCCAAGUAUCUCCAUUGUAUCAAUUCUAAAAUCAAUCAAGACUCAAAGAAAUUCCUGUUCUAUGCUUAAGCAUAGGUCAAAGUCCUUUCCAUUGUUCAGCAAAGGGUUUCUGUCCUAAAGUAAUCUUAAGAAGGGAAGAGAAGGAACCUCCCAUGCCAAUGGGGUUCACAUUCCAAUAGUCAAGACCCACUAUCAAUAGGAAAUUUUUCAAGUAUGAAAUUUCCCAAUGGUGAAAUUUCCAACAUUUAUAAGUCUAAGAAAUUUUGAGGUUUACAAAUUGGGAGCAGUGCCAAGGGGAAUUGGGCUCAGAAAGCCCUGGUCAAUGUUGAUGGCUCUAGGCUUGGGUGAAGCAAAGGAAUGGCGAGUGCACACUCUUCUUUCUCCUCUCAUCCUUAUAACCAUUCUAGGAGUGAGAGAGAAGAGGAAGCAUCAUUCGCCUAUAACAGCUCUUAAACAUGUAACUACCAUUCUGUUGGCCUGGGUCAGUGUGGCUGAGCUUUCAAGACCCAGAGGAGCAUUUCUCACUUUUUCUUGGUAUUGCUUUAUCCAGUAAAGUGCUUCACCAUAGACAGUGCCAGAUCAAUAGCCUAGAAGAGAAUCCAAUAGAAUCAGAAACUCACUCAAAAUGGCCCAACGUGCCUAGAGGAUAUUUUUUUCAGGGUUGAAAUCAUGGCUUAACUAUCUCAUUAACAUUAUCAUAUUAAUUAUUUCAUCACUCUGUAGAAAGGUUCUCUAGCCCCUUUGGAAGAGAAGGGGGAAGGGGAGACCUCAAUGUGUGCAUGCCUGCUCAAUGCAUAUUACUACCCCCUUUCCUCGUGUCCCUGCUCUCAGGGAGCUGAGACAUUUGUACCGUGGAACAGAAGGGCAACAGCAACAGCCAGGAACCUUGACGAGGGCACCAGCCCCUUUGCCACUCGGAGGCUAGCCCAGGCUCCUGAACCAGGGUCAGGCUGGCCCAUUCCCACAAUGGCUGAGUUGUGUGUUUUAUGGGGAGAAUUGAGUGAGAACUCUUCAUGGCAGCGUAGCUCCAGGGAUCCUGACACUGAAUCCCCUUGAGCCAAUGUGCACCAGAGGAAUGGCGGUUAAGAGCUGGCACGGAAUGCACUCAAAGGCCUGGGUCACAGGAAUGCUGUGUUAUGAGGUCAAUUUUAGACGUCCUCUUGACAGCACUUUCUGUGUGCUGCCCAUUUCUCUCAGAUGUGACUGUGUCGGGGACCUUGCAAUCCCGACACACAUUUGUCCACUAAAAAAAAAAUGCCAGCUUAUUUUUCUUCCUUUUUCCCAUAAAAAUAACUUGAUGUAGAUUACUAGAUAGCUAUCCUUAUGUUCAGGGCACUGUUUUCUAGUCACUGCCAAUGCUUAUUUUGUAAAAAAUUCCCUAGAAAGAAAAGGGUUUACAGUCCAUUGCCAUCUUUCUUCCCAGAUUGUUGGUUUUUUCCAAUUCUAGUAUCUUUACUGCCAUUUAUAGUUCCAACACAUCGUACACAAAAAGUGUUUGUAAUAGAUAUUUAGGAGGAAAUGUAGUGUGUCUGACAGAUGGUAAGUUUGUGGAAAUAAACUGGCCUCUAGUAUUUAGGUUGUUACAACCUGGAAGGCCUGUUGGUGUUGCCUACUGGCCUUUAGUCUCUCUUGGUGAAAGUUUACAAACUUCCUUGAUAAAUGUGAGUACAGAUGUCUCCCCAUCUCCCCAUCCUCAUGAAGGGAAACGUAUAUGAGAAAUCUCCAUUCCUAAUCCCAUGGGACUCUGACAUUUAUGAAGCAUAAGACCUUCAGUAAAUCAUUUAAAAUCCCCGUUUUAUCAUCUAUAACAGAACAAUGACCUGACUUGCCUACCUCAAAGGAUUGUUGUAAAAAAACGGUAAAUUUAUUAUGCACCUACUGUGUGCCAGCAAUUGUGCUAGCUGCUGGGGAGACAUCAAAAGAGUAAAGCACUCUUGUUCUCAAGAAGCAUACAUUCCAUUGAGGAGACAACAUGCACACACAUCUACACAAAUGUAACCUACAUGUAUGUUCUCAAGAAGCAUACAUUCCAUUGAGGAGACAACAUGCACACAUAUGUAACAGAUGUAUACAUUAAAUAAAUAAGGUCACAGCUAUGAAUGUGCUUUUUAUGUUACAUAAAGCACUCUACACAUGCAAAGCAUUAUGAUUUGGACCCUAGACCUUUAUCCAUGAUAAAUAUCUAGAUAACCUUAAAAUAUACAAGAAUUGUGAAUAAAUGUGAAAGUAUUGAGUACAAAUGUUAUUGUUUUCAUAUGAAAUUGUUCAUUUUGUAGGAAUAUGGUUUGUUGGACUGUUACUUUACUUUAUGGAUCUAUCUGGUUUGAGAGCAAAAUAAAGUGAAUUAUCUUUUAAAAUGUAA